CCUAACAUUCGGGGUUUAGCUUUUCAGCUAGAAGGAAGAAAAUAAAACAUGGCAAGAUUUUUCAUAUAUUUUGUUCUCACUGGAAUUAUUGGGCUAAAGUUAGUGUCUGGAGAUUGCAAUCGGAACUACGGACCAGUUGGUACUCCUGAAUGUGUGCUUUUAUAUCCAUAUUAUUCAAAGUACCAAUGGGCGACGUGCUUAACAAAUAAAUACAUACAGACAGUAUCAAAAGGAAACGCCAUCUGUCGAGACCACACUGCAACGUACUGCUACUACCAAUGCAUGAUGGAAUUAUAUGAAAUUGCUGAAGGACAUGUAUGUAACGAUUGUGCUUGUGGAGUUGAUGCCCCACAACAAACACAAACUCCACCGACGAACCAAACUCAGCUUCCAAACCAUUGCUACAGUCCUUCGGGUGGAGAUUGCAGUUGGUAUUCUGACUGUUUGGAGAGACGAUUCCCAUGUCAAGAAAUGCAACAAACAUCAUACGCAAUAAACUAUGGUCUUAAAUUCUGCAACUUGUACGAAGAACAUUACCAGAGCUUUUCGACUGAAGGUCAGCAGUGGAUUGAUGCCGUUAGAGGGUGUCUCCAGGUCGCACUGGUUCCGCUUCUUCGUCCCUUUUUAACAAUCACUUGCGGUGAAAUAAAAGAAAAAGCAUUCAAUUCUCAUUUAGGUUGUUAUACAAACCCAAUUAAAAAUGCACCAUCGUUUUGCGACUUAUCCUUCAUGGAUAAAUGGAGAAUAUUUUAUACAGUAAUACCGGGACUGAUGUCCAAUUGUUAUCGAACCAGACAUCUCUGUAAAGACAUAUUUUUAUCAGCUAAACAGUUAUUGAAUGUACGUAAUGCAUGUAAAGACCGCGAAACAAUUUUGUCGGAAGAAAGAAAAAUUCAACAAAUUCAGAUCAGGUAUAUCGGUCUUAAUAGACAAACAAGGUCCCGGCGGUCUUUGCAAUCGACAGAUGAUUUUUCAGCUGGGGCAGACCUUGUUAAAGCGAUUGCAAACAAAAUGGGAUGGCAUAUAAAAGGAGUGAAAUGGGUUGCAUACUUUCAAAACAACUUAACAGCAGACGAAUCCAUGCAGUAUUCGAGGAGGUACUAUUUAAAUAUCUUACUUGCACCCAGCAAAUUAUACAAUUUAAAUGAUAGAAGGAAUACUUCCGCGUAUAUAAAUAUAACAAGCGUUGUUGAAGAGACAACGCACGCAUUCCGUAAUGGCAAUCUACGAUCAGAUAUGAUUACAGAUAUUUCACUAGUAAAAUUCGCGGUAUGCGCCGACUACAACUGCUCUAACACAACUAUCGAAAUCGAACCGUCUGCUGGUCAAAAAGAUAUAGACGAAGGGGUUUGGUCGUUAACAAACAGAAUUUUUACAGCAAUUGGGUCCUCUCUGCUUCUGAUAAUAGUUGCUUUUGUAAUUAUAUGCAUGAAGAGGCGCAAUUCAAGCAAAAAUUGUUUGAAAGUUAUCAUUUCGAAACAAAGAGAUACUCAAACAUUAGUUAAUAAUAUGAAUUAGAAAAUGUAUACAUUAAGGUUAUGCUAAUGGAAAUAUACUUCUAGAUAUUUUGUAUAUUUCUUAAAAGUACAUGUUUGAUUAUGAUUUGUUUCAAAUGAAAUGUUACAUUGUAAAUAUAUUGAACAACUCCUAAGCAGGGAACAUAAAUUGUUAAAACUAUAUAAUCAGUAAUUCAAUUUUACUAAUCAUAGUGUGAAAUACUAAUUUCUAUAUUCUUACUAACAUUCUUUUUCAAAAUAUUCAUGAUAAUACGUAAUACUUGCAUUUGUAGAAUUCUUAAAUAUAAAUGUAUAUAUUUUCUUUCAAAUUAAACUGUUCUUACGUCCAA